GCUGCACUUUUCCUCCGCCCCCACCCCGAGCCUCGAGCGGCAGCGGCGGGGGACGCUGCUCUAAGUCCCCACGCUGGAGCGGAGGUUCCGCUCUGAGCAGUCAAGGGAGAGGAGCGCACUGAGAACUCUACUUUCUCACGAGCCCGAGCCCGGCAAAUGGGCAAAUGAGGAAGGAGAGCGGGGACAUGGACUGCUAUCUGCGUCGCCUCAAACAGGAGCUGAUGUCCAUGAAGGAGGUGGGGGAUGGCUUGCAGGAUCAGAUGAACUGCAUGAUGGGUGCGCUGCAAGAACUGAAGCUCCUGCAGGUGCAGACAGCAUUGGGACAGCUGGAGAUUUCUGGAGGCUCGCCGGCCUUCAGCUGCUCUGAGCGUCCUCGCUGGCAGAGUAGUGGAGGUCCUGCCGGGCCUACGGCCUCUCCUUCCUCCAGCCAGCCUUCCUUGGACAGCAGCCCCAGGCUUCCAUGCCAUAGUAGUGUCUGUGAGAAGGAUCUUGCUGCCCUUCCCAACGUGCAGCUGCCGGAGGACCAAAGCCGUACCCAGCAGGGGCUGGAGUGGGUGGAGCCAGAUGACUGGACCUCCACGUUGAUGUCACGGGGCAGAAAUCGGCAGCCUCUGGUGUUAGGGGACAAUGUCUUUGCAGACCUGGUGGGCAACUGGUUAGACUUACCAGAACUGGAGAAGGGCGGGGAGAAGAGUGAGACUGGAGGACCCAGGGAGCCCAAAGGAGAAAGAAGUCAGUCCCGGGAGCUGGGUCGCAAGUUUGCCCUAACCGCAAACAUUUUUAGGAAGUUCUUGCGCAGCGUGCGGCCGGAUCGAGACCGGCUGCUCAAGGAGAAGCCAGGGUGGAUGACUCCUAUGGUCUCCGAGUCGCGAGCAGGACGCUCACAGAAAGUCAAGAAGAGGAGCCUUUCCAAGGGCUCCAGACGGUUCCCUUUCUCAAGCACGGGAGAGCCCAGACACAUUGAAACCCCUGCCACAAGCAGUCCCAAGGCCUUAGAACCCUCCCGUGGGGGCUUUGACAUUAACACAGCUGUCUGGGUCUGAAUUUGAGAGACGCUGGCUGAACCUAAAAGGCGGUCUCUCUGGGCCCUGGGGGCAGAGGGAGGGCAGAUGGCAUGGUCUUCAGGCCAGAUGCGAGUUCCCAUCCUCAGAAAGAAAGGAAAGCAGAGUUCUUAGGCCUCACUAGAACAGUGGGAAGAGGCUGUUCUAGGGCAGGCUGAGGUUAGAGUCCCUGGAGAGAAUGUGUGUAUUUGUACGUAUGAGUGUGUGUGUGUGUGUGUGUGUGUGUG